UCGCUCGACUUCGAUGAGUCCCAGCACUCGGCUUUUCCUCAGAAUCACGUAGGGGGUCACUUAAUUGUCGUGUUCUUUAGAAAGGGUAAUCGAAUCAGGAUUGCUUUUAACUCACUUUAUUUGGUAAAGUUUCUGUAUGUUAACUAUGAAGUAAAAGGAGGGGAAUUGUACAUACACGCGUGGAGAGACACUAAGCUGGUCAUCCGUGGUGAUGAGCUGCCAAUAGGGUUUCUGGUAUCCUCCCGCCUGCGUGCUGUUUAGAUACGGAGUAGGCGUUGCCUAUAUGACACAGUACAUGCUCUGAUUGGCUAUGGUUUGGAGAGCCCGCCUUCGGCAUCCUCAUAUGUGUGAUGGUGCUGCCAUCUUAAUAAUAAUAAUUAAUAAUUCAUUCAUUUUCUAUAGCGCUUUUCAGUGACUUAAAGACGCUUACAAAAUAAAACACGAAGAGGAAGAUGACAAUCAGGGGGGACAAGCGGAAGAUAGCACAACAGAAAACAGAAGCAAGGUCUCCAGUCUGCUAUGGAUGAGGAGAGAGAGGAGGGGGGUCCUACCUCUAUCACCACUCUGUUUGGGGAACCUGGCCGCCAGAGCGAAGCUAAGAGCCCAGAGCAGCAGGAGAGAGCAGACUCCCCUGGACCCAGCUGUGUCUCCAUGAAGAGUGACUGCUGCAUAAAUAUACCUGUUGACUUCGAAGAUGGAAAUCAGUCUAUUGAGAAGAGAAGAGAGCAGCAGGAGAGAGCAGACUUCCCUGGACAAUGCUGUGUUUCGAUGAAGAGUGACCACUCUAUGGAUCCACUUGUUUACUUUAAAGAUCAGUCUAUUAAGAAAAGUAGAGUCCUGCAAGAGAGAGCAGACUCCCCUGGACCCAGCUGUGUCUCCUUGAAGAGUGACAGUUCUAUGAUUCAACCUGUCACGUUUAAAGAUGGAAAUCAGUCAAUAGAGAAAAGAGGAGUCCAGCAGGAGAGAGCAGACUCCCCUGGACCCAGCUGUGUCUCCAUGAAGAGUGACCAGUCUAUGGAUCCACUUUUUUACUUUAACGAUCGGUCUUUUGAGAAAAGGUCAGGAUUCAUCAGAGGAUCCAGCUGUGUCUCCUUGAAGAGUGCCAAGUCAAUGGAUCAAAUUUUUCCCUUUAACAAUCAGUCUAUUGAGACGAGACAUCCUGGUUUAAAAGAUGGAAAAACCUCCAGAGAGGAGAGACAUCCCCAUGAACCGGCUGAUACACUGUUGGACGGAUCUGCUGCUGUCGAGUGCCAACUUAAAAUCAAGUCUCAUUUGAAGAAGAAGUUCAAGUGUGUGUAUGAGGGAAUUCCUAAAGCAGGACUGCAAACAGGUCUGAACGACUUUUACACAGAGCUCUUCAUCACAGAGAGAGGCAGUGGAGAGGUCAACCAGGAACAUGAGGUCAGACUGAUUGAAACCGCUUCCAGGAAGCUGGCCAAGGAGGAAACACCAAUUAAAUGUGAAGACAUCUUUAAAGCCUUAUCUGAACACGAUCAACCAAUAAGAACAAUGCUGACAACUGGAGUGGCCGGCAUUGGUAAAACCAUCUUAACACACAAGUUCACUCUGGACUGGGCUGAAGGCAAAACCAACCAUGACAUAGACUUCACAUUUCUCCUCACUUUCAGAGAGCUGAAUUUACUGAAAGGGAAAGAGUUUAGCUUGGUGGAACUUCUUCAUCACUUCUUUAUUGAGACCAAAGAAGCAGGAAUCUGCAGGUACGAAAGGUUCCAAGUUGUCUUCAUCUUGGAUGGUCUGGAUGAGUGUCGUCUUCCUCUGAACUUCCAGAUAAAAACGCAUUGGACUGAUGUCACAAAGUCCACCUCGGUGGACGUGCUGCUGACAAAGCUCAUCAGGGGCGAUCUGCUUCCCAAAGCUCGCAUCUGGAUAACCACACGCCCUGCGGCAGCCAAUCAGAUCCCUGCUGAGUGUGUUGACAUGGUGACAGAGGUGAGAGGGUUUAACGACCCACAGAAGGAGGAGUACUUUAGGAAGAGAUUCAGAGAGGAUAAUCUGGCCAGCACAAUCAUCUCCCACGUCAAGACAUCAAGAAGCCUUCACAUCAUGUGUCACAUCCCAGUAUUCUGUUGGAUUACUGCUACAGUUCUGGAGGACUUCUUCAAAACAUCCCAGACAGGAAAGAAGAUGCCCAACACUGUGACUCAGAUGUACAUCCACUUCCUAGUGAUUCAGUCCAUGCAGGGGGAUAGGAAGUACCAUGGGAGAGCUGAAACAGAUCCAAACUGGAGUUCAGAGAGCAAGGAGAUCAUUGUUUCUCUGGGAAAACUAGCUUUUAACCAGCUGGAGAAAGGCAACCUGAUAUUCUAUGAGGAAGACCUGGCCGAGUGUGACAUCAAUAUCAAAUCAGCCUCAGUGUACUCAGGAGUGUUCACCCAGAUCUUUAAAGAGGAGUGUGGGCUGUACCAGGCCAGGGUGUUCUGCUUUGUCCAUCUGAGCAUCCAGGAGUUUCUGGCUGCCCUUUAUGUCUUUCAGUCCUUCAUCAACUCUGGUGUCAAUCUGCUCUCAGGAAAACUAAGAAACCCCAGGACAGAUCAACUCUUCCUCUACCAGAGUGCUGUGGACAAGGCCUUACAGAGUGAGAACGGACACCUAGACUUGUUCCUCCGCUUCCUCCUGGGCCUCUCUCUGGAGACCCAUCAGAUUAUCCUACAAGGUCUGCUGGGACAGAAAAAAAGUACACCACUGAUGACACAGUUUAAAGAAAAGCUCAUUGAACUGAUAGGAAGAAGCUCCCUGACCAAUCAGACAGUCGGUUACAUCAAGAAAAAGAUAAAUGGAGAUCUCUCUCCAGAGAGAAGCAUCAAUCUGUUCUACUGUCUGAAUGAGCUGAAUGACCAUUCUCUAGUGAAGGAGAUCGAACAAUACCUGUCAUCAGAAAGACUCUCCAGAAAAUCUCCCUCCCCUGCUCAGUGUUCAGCUCUGUGCUUCAUCUUACUGACAUCAGAAGAGGACCUGGACGUGUUUGACCUGAAUAAAUACUCUGCUUCAGAGGAGGGUUUUCUGAGGAUGCUGCCAGUGGUGAAAGUCUCCAAAAAAUCUCUGCUGAAUGGCUGUCAUCUGUCAGAGAGAUGCUGUGAAGCUCUGGCCUCAGUUCUCAGCUCCAACUCCUCUAGUCUGAGAGAGCUGGACCUGAGUAACAAUGAUCUGCAGGAUUCUGGCGUGAAGCUGCUAUCUGCUGGACUGGGGAGUCCACACUGUAAACUGGAAACUCUCAGGUUGUCUGACUGCCUGGUCACACAGGAAGGCUGUGCUUCUCUGGCCUCAGCUCUGAGCUCCAACCCCUCCCAUCUGAGAGAGCUGGACCUGAGCUACAAUCACCCAGGAGACUCAGGAACUGCGCUGCUCUCUGCUGGACUGGAGGAUCCAAGCUGGAGACUGGACACUCUCAGUGUGGAGCAUGGUGGAUGGUGGAGGGUGAAACCAGGACCACAGAGGUAUGCCUGUGAACUCACACUGGACCCAAACACGCCCCGCGAAGGACUCUCUCUGUCUGAGGACAACAGAAAGGUGACGAGGCCUGCUGACUACCAGUUGUUUCCUGAUCACCCAGAUAGAUUUGACUACUGGUUCCAGGUGUUGUGUAGGGAGGUUCUGACUGGCCGCCAUUACUGGGAAGUAGAGUGGGAAAAACGUGUUGAGAUAGGAGUGACAUACAGAGGGAUCACAAGGAAAGGAGAGGGUGAUAAAAGCUUGCUUGGACGGAACAACAUGUCCUGGACUCUUGUUUGUCGUGAUGAUGGUGGUUACGCUACCGUGCACAAGAAUAGAGAGACAGCAAAAAAUCUCCCCCCUGCUGGCUCUACCAGAGUAGGAGUGUAUCUGGACCGGCCUGCUGGCACUCUGUCCUUCUACAGAGUGUCCCCAGAUGGAGGAGGGUCCUCGGACACACUUACACUCAUCCACACCUUCCAGUCCACCUUCACCCAGGAGGACCUCCUCCCUGGGUUUUGGUUAUGGGGGGAUGCCUCAGUGACUCUGCGUCGGUGGUAGAAUAAAAAGAAUGGGCGGGCGGGCGGGCAAACACACACACACACACACACACACACACACACACACACACACACACACACAUACACACAAACACAUGCACAAACACACACGCACACACGCACACACACACACACACACACACACACACAUACACACACACAAACACAUGCGCAAACACACACACACACACACACAUACACACACACAAACACAUGCACAAACACACACGCACACACACUGCUUUUGUGUUGGAGCAUGAGUGGCUUUUGAUGAAGAGGGUUUGGAGGCCUGAGAGGACUGAUGACUCAUUGUCUCUGUGGAACUUAUGAUAGUCUCUCGCUCUCUCUCUUUUCCUCUCUCUGUCUCUCUCUCUUUUUUUUCUCUCAGUUUUGGUCUUUAGGGCUCUGAUAUCAAUAUAUUUGUCAUAAUCCUAACAUGGAACGUGAUUUAAAGCAGAUUUUAUAUUUUAUUCAUAAUAACCAAGAGGUCUAUGGGAAACGUUACAUGUUGUAAAUAACUUUCACCUGUA